AUGGAUGCGCAGUUGGGUACCUCGCCACCCCCGAUGGCGUCCAAUAACUGCCGUCCGUCCGUCCGUCAAGCUAUUUCUGUUCUGGUCUCGUCUCGUCUCCCUCGCCAUAACGUCGUCAUGGUUGUCACCUCGUCCCUGACGACGAGGAGAGUCAAAUUGGGAGGGAGGGAGGGCGAGAGUAGUUCUUCUUCUGCUGGUGUCUGUUUUGGACGAUCUCAGUCGCCAAUCAGAGGCGGGGGUGGAAUGCUGGUGCAGCACAAUGAGAAUCAUUUGCGGAUAAGUCGGAUCUUCGGCCAACAUGAAGCGCUCGAACAGUGCAGCGAAGGAGAUCACGUAAGAAAUGGAUUUUACUGCAGGGCGCAGGGAUACACACAUUUAUUCCUCGGGACGGAUGGCACGAGGUGACCCGAGGAGGGGCAGACCGUGGAGUCAAAGACCUUGCUGCACACUCAACCCUAUAAAUGCACGCCCCCGCUUUUCCUUAUCUGUUUCCCAUAGAUGUGGGGAGGAAGGAACUUGAAUUAGGGCGAGUGAAAAGUGGGGCAUCGCCCGGGGGCUUGCUUUCAUCGAGGGGUAAUUUGCACUUCUCAGACGUGCAUGUGGGUCGAGUCAUGGAACAUGUGCUGCACAUUUCGGUCCAAAUAAAUGACGGGGGUGGGGGCAGCGGAACUCUGGAGUCCGGUAACCAGACCUGAAAACGUAGGAGUCAGGCAGGAGGACGAAAGUCAUUGAGCAAGGUUAAUGGGGGUUGUAGGUGGAUGCACAACCAGAUCGUCGAGAGGCUGGCUAGUGGAAUCACAUGGCCACGGCAUGGACCAACGUGACAGAGAUGUCAUGACCGAACAGUGGAUGCCUACGCACUCCGAUCCGCUUUAUCAACAAGCGAGUCAUAUUUUAUCGCGAGAUAUUCCAACGUUGUUUGCACGAUGCAGACAGCGGGAAAAUGACAUGUCCUCCUCUUAUCUCCAAAUCCGCCCCCUUAUUUUAUUGAAGAGAAACCCAGAUUAAACCGCCAGCACCCCCCGUCGGUUUGGUUUGCACGACCGAUGCACAAAAGUUCAGCUCUUUCGGUUCCUCGACACGGCCAGCAACACGUCCAGACCACCUGCUUGCCUGCGAGGCUGCUGCUGCCGCUGCCUGCAGUCGGCAGGGCUCCCCAACUGUAAUUGCUGGCAAGGCGUACGACCGCGGCAAUCUGCACUUGCCUUAUCUCGUGAUCUCAACAAGCCAAGCCCCUCGCCUCGCCUCGUUCUGGAUAAACCAGCACCCGCAAUCCGGGAAGAAUCAGGAAAAUCAAAUCUUCGAAGCCGGCCUAUCGGUCCCCGGCCGCGAGUCUCCGGCCCUAAGCGCGGUUUGGUUUGGACACUUGACAGAGAGACGAGGCGGCCUAUCUUGAGAGGGGAGGGGAGGCGAGGGGAGGGCCGCUUUUGGCCGAGACCGACUCUGACGACCGCGUAGCGGGACGGGGCCCGAGGGUCGGCAGGAAUUGUCCAUUGGUUCCUACAUUGUGGGAUGUAGACCUGCCUGAGCCGCGAUGGAGAUCGAGGGCGGGCUCGAGCCCAACCGCAAGUGCGCGAGGGGCGCUUUCUGACAUGGAGUGUCCCUACCGUUACAUGUUGUGUAAGCGCAGGAAUUCCUUCAUAUAGCUCUUUAAAGGCUCUUACAAUUAGCCCAGAUUAGCAUCAUCUGCCACAUGACAGUGACGAGUGACGGCACCUUUAUUGGGAAGUUUGGCGCAGAACGUAACGUAAGUUGAGGUGAACCGUGAAGCCCGAUCCACGACUCGCCGACGACAAAAGGGCAGGACAGUAACCCGGCUUUUCCCUGAAAGGAUCGAGGGCAAAGCGACACGGCAGAUCCAUUCUGCAUGUCUGAAUGCGUCGACUGCCUUUGCAAGAAGCUGCUCGAGCUGUGCAGUACUUACUUCCUUCCUGGAUUCCUGCGCACAUACAUACAUACCUUCUCUCGCAGCCUUCACCCGUUCCUGCGUACCAGCCUGCGAAGGUCGUUCCUUCGUUCGUUAUCUUCUUCGGAAAGGUUGUAGCGAAAAGCGGUGCAUGAAUGGGCGGGGACGGAUGAAUGCACGAAGGACGGAAGGACCCGAUGACUGUUCUGCUGGGUUGCAGCAAACCGACCACAUGAAUGAAUGAGAGGAGUUAGAUCCAUAAGAUCCCCGUUCUGACUCAAACGUCGAGAAAAAGCAUAGAAAAUUAGCCAAAAGGUGAAGUGCCAGUUGCUGCUCCUGUACUUUGAAGAGGUUAGCGAUCAGCAGGCCUGUGGCAUAUGGGACUGUUUUCUUGGAAGAUGGUCAAAGGCAGUGCAGAGAAAUCAAAGCAUGUGUGUCUGUGACUGGUGCGAACACCCUUACGAGCCAGCCAGCCUGUGGUAGCAUGUACGUACAGCCAUUACAGCUACACCCCAUCAGUCCGUUCGACCAUCUAAUUCCCCCUGAACUG